UAUUAUUGGUACGUGUUAAAUGCGAUAUCAUGCCCUUAUAUUUUACUAUAAAUAUACAUGAUGCUGUUGCCAUAUAUAUCAUCAUAAAGCAUUGCAGCUUCUUACACAUUAAGAAUCAAAACAAAAUGGCAGCCAUUAGAGCUUCUUACACUGUGAUACCAAACGAACCAACUCCACAUGGUCGUUUAUGGCUCUCUGAUAUUGAUCAAGUAGUACGUAUGCGCCACACACCAACUAUUUACAUUUACAAACCAAACCAGAAUCCUGAAAAUGCCAUUGAAACCUUGAAAACAUCUCUCUCCAAAAUUCUAGUUCAGUACUAUCCUAUGGCGGGUAGACUGUGUUACACGGAAGGUGCUAGAUUAGAAUUGAAUCUCAAUGCAAAAGGUGCUAUUUUGCUUGAGGCUCAAACCAGUAAAACAAUUCAUGAUUUUGGUGACUUUUCACCUUCUGACUCCACCAAAGAGCUUGUUCCAGUAAUGGAUUAUAAUCAACCCAUUGAAGAUAUUCCAUUAUUUGUUGUGCAGCUCACAAGGUUCCAAAACAAUGAAGGGUUUGCAAUUGGAGUUGCUUUUUUCCAUCCUUUAUCAGAUGGACUUGGAGCUAUUAGAUUCAUCAACUCAUGGGCCAAAGUAGCUAGAGGAGAAACACUUGAGGCUAAUGAGUUACGUCCCUUUCUUGAUAGAACAUUACUCAAAUUUUCACACACUCCUUUGGCACCUCGUUUUGAGCACAUGGAGUUAAAGCCACUACCUCUCAUUCUAGGAAGAGAAGACACAAGUGAAGAAAGAAAGAAAAAAACUUCAGCAACAUUGUUGAGACUCUCACCAGAACAAGUUGAUAAGCUGAAGAUAAAAGCCAAUGAAAAUGAUAUUCUAGCAAUGAAGAAAAAAGGGUCAAGGGCUUUUAGUAGAUAUGAGGCAAUUGGUGCACAUUUAUGGAGAUGUGCAUCUAAGGCUCGUGAGCUUGAAGAGAAUCAAGAAAGUGUUGUUAGAUUCAAUGCUGAUGUUAGAACAAGGAUGAUUCCAAAUCUUCCUAAAAACUAUUUUGGGAAUGCUUUGACACAAACAGCAGCAAAAGGGUAUGUUGGAGAAAUCACAUCAAAGCCAUUAGGUUAUGUUUCACAAAUGAUAAGGGAAGCUAGUGAGAUUGUAACAGAUGAAUUUAUAAGGUCACAAAUUGAUGUAAUUAGGGGAUUUGAACAUUUGGAUGAUGCAAGGGCUUUGUUUUUAGGUGAAGGUGAGAAUAUUCCAUAUUUUGGGAAUCCUAAUUUUCAUUUAACUAGUUGGAUGAGUAUGCCUGUUUAUGAAGCUGAUUUUGGAUGGGGAAAGCCUGUUUAUUUUGGAAUAGCUUAUGUGUCUCCCCAUGAUAGGGCAGUGAUUCUUCUUAGUCCUGAUGGAGAUGGGUCUAUUCUUGUGUGUUUGCAUUUUCAGAAUGCACAUUUGGAGCUUUUCAAGAAGUUCUUCUAUGGUGAUAUUUGAAAUUGCUACUUUGCAUUUAUCAAUCAUUUAGUUGAGUGUGUUGUUUGCUUUUAAUAUUAUGCUUGUUAGUACUGUGUUGGAAACUAGAGAUUGAAGUGAAGAUGUUUUACAACUUUAAAUAUUUAAUUAAAUAAAAAUUUAUUUUUUUCCUGGUGUAUCACUCUAAUUUCAUAGUCAAAAUGAAUA